GAAAAGCGGGUUUAUUACCUUUUAAAAAACAAACAAAUAAGUUAUGUGGGUGUCACCUGUAAUUACUUCGAAUACAGCGAGAGAUUCCUGGAGCUAGCAGCCCCGUCUUCUAUAUUUUCAAUUAGCUGCUUAAUUCUCUCGGGAUUUUCAAGAAUAUCUCCUAUUUUCUUUCUUCUUCUAUUUUCUUUUUGCAAAGGGUAUAUAAACUUCAUAUGGAGUCUGCAAAUCUCCAUCACCAACAUGAUCAGGUUGAACAUAAUCUUGCUGGGACUAACUCUUCUUGCUAUGGCGUUACGACCUCACAAGCUUGGACUCCAAAUAUCUCUCUGAUUAAUGGUGCUAGUACUUCAGGAAAUAUUGUCUCAAUAAACAGCACUGAUCAGUCUGCUCAUGAAUAUUUUCCUAACUUUACUGAAAUGUUAAACAGUUCCCACUCCACUACAGCUAUGAAGAUGAUCAACAAAGAUCAUAACACCAUGAGUUCUUCGGAUUUAAUUCCAAUUAAUGCCCAUAAUCUUCAUCAAUUUUAUUCCCACAACUCUUCUAUUUUUGGAAACUUUACCCAGAUUCAUCCUACUAUCGAUGUUUCCAACUUCAACAUUCACAUGAAUUUGAAGGCCAUGGAUGCAGGAUUCAAUGCUACUUGCAUUCAGUUUUCAUCCACUGAUCUUGGGAAACUAUCACCAUCUUUCCCCAAUCAAAUUACAUCAGAGGAAAAGAGAUCCAGCAUCUUGGUGGAGAAGCCAAACGCAACAGAAGCUCCGACCAAGAAAUCGCGACUGGACUCACGCGCUUCUUGCCCACCCUUUAAGGCCAGGAAAGAAAAGUUAGGAGAUAGAAUUGCAGCUCUUCAACAACUGGUUGCACCUUUCGGCAAGACAGAUACAGCAUCCGUACUAAUGGAGGCUAUUGGAUACAUCAAGUUCCUUCAAAACCAGAUCGAGAGUAUCAAGAAGAAGAAAAAGAACAAGGGACAAAAUGGUGAAGUUAGCCAGGGUAUCCUACAUCCUGCCAAGCUUUUACAAAUUAUUAAAAGAUGAAUUAGAUUGGAUUUGUUUUAAAUUUUAAUUCUUCAAAAUGCUAAUUAUCAAGAUUAAUUCAAUACAAUUUGAACGAAGAUUAUUUGAUAUAAAAAAAUAAUAUUUUAAUUCUAAGACACAUUUACGUUCAAUUUAAAAUAUAUAUUUUUGUGACUAAUUUAAAAUUACGAGUCAAAUAAAUUAAAACAAAUGUAAAUUAUAUACGAAAAUAGUGAAGA